AAGGUAGACUACCGUAUCCGCGAACAUUCAACAGUUUCUGUCAAUGUCAGAAUGUGGCAGAAAGGAGAUGUUGUUAAUUCUGAAACAGCGGUAGCAGCACAUACCAGUAUACAUAGACUAUAUAGUGAGAUUAUUGUACCUCAUUAUUUCAAUAAUUGAAUGAAUUAAUUGAUAACAAUUGAUGAACACAUCACCAAACUCUGAAACUUAUGAAUUCAGUUGAAUUAGAAGCAUUGUAAUUUGAAAUUAAACAACGGAUAUACAAAAUGUCAUACCAGAAAUCUCCCGCAAGAAGGGAACCGGAAAAAUCUGAAGGAUUUUUUUCAUUAACACUUGGACGCAAGAAAAAGCAACGAGAUUCUGUAAAUGCAUUGGACAUAGAAGCUCGAGAUGCAAUUGAUGGAGGUACAGUCACACAAGAGAUUGAUCCUUCAAGUUUCCACUUAGAAGAAGGAGAAGAGAGAUCUAUGAUCGAUCAAAAAUCAAGAGAAGCUAAAGAUGUUGUGGAUCUUGAGCGGGUUCUCAUGGAAUGGAUUGAUGAUGUUCUUGUCGAACAAAGAAUUAUUGUUAAAAAUAUACAAGAAGAUUUGUUUGAUGGACAAGUUUUGCAGAAACUUUUAGAAAAACUUGGUGAUGUCAAGUUACAGGUUCCGGAAGUUACGCAAACAGCUCAAGGACAAAAAGAUAAACUCAGGGCAGUUCUAGAUAAAGUCAGUCAACAACUACAAAUACAAAGCUGGAAUGAAACUAAAUGGAGUGUUGAUAGUAUCCAUUCAAAGAAUCUUAUUGCAAUACUUCAUUUACUAGUAGCACUCGCUGCUCAUUAUAAAGCACCGAUACGAUUGCCAGAAGAUGUUCAUAUCAAAGUUGUUGUUGUCAAGAAAGUUGGUGGAAAGUUAGAACACAGAAUGGUUGAGGAGCAAAUCACUUCUACCAUGGACCAAAUGACAGGAGGCAAAUUUGAACGAGAUGCCUUUGAUACUCUAUUUGAUCACGCACCUGAUAAACUAAAUAUAGUAAAAAGAUCUCUCAUAGAAUUUGCAAAUCGUCAUUUGGACAAACUCAACCUCGCUGUCACAGAUUUAGACACACAGUUUGCUGAUGGAGUAUAUCUUGUUUUGUUGAUGGGCAUGCUGGAAGGAUACUUCGUUCCUUUACAUAGUUUCAACCUCACGCCAGAAUCAUUUGACCAUAAAGUUCACAAUGUGAAAUUCGCUUUUGAACUUAUGACUGAUGCAGGACUGCCAACACCGAAAGCAAGACCAGAAGAUGUGGCAAACUGUGACUUGAAGUCAACAUUGAGAGUUUUAUACAACUUAUUCACAAAGUAUAAGAAAAACUGAAGAUCAUUUGUGAUGUG